CUCAUUGUCUUGUCUCUGUGCCUUUUUUUUUUCUUCUUUAUGGGUUUUCUUAGUUAUGGCUGCUAUCAUUUCUACUAUGCUGAUCUAGAUCUGGGUCUUUCUUAGUUUUUGUUUUCUUCUCAUGGCAUUUGUUGAAUUGGGUUUGGUGGGGUGGGGAAGUUCUCAUUUUGAAGAAUGUGUGUAGCUGAAGGGGGGACUUGAUGCUGUUUGAAAUUGUGGAAAAUGGAAUUUUCCAUGAUUUUCACUGUUUGUAGUGCAUUGUUGCUUCUGAGCUCUUCAGCUGCAGAUGCCCAAACAGCCAGCCCCCCCUCACUCAGCCCGACUCCUGCACCGGCGCCUGCCCCGGAUUUUGUCAACCUCACAGAUCUGCUCACUGUUGCUGGUCCAUUUCACACCUUCCUCAGCUACCUCCAGUCCACCAAAGUGAUUGACACCUUCCAAAACCAAGCCAAUAACACAGAAGAAGGAGUGACCAUCUUUGUCCCGAAAGAUAGCGCCUUCUCGGCACAAAAGAAACCGUCUCUCUCGAAUCUCACCGAGGAUCAGCUCAAGUCUCUCAUCCUGUUUCAUGGCUUGCCACAUUACUAUUCCCUUGCUGAAUUCAGGAACCUCAGCCUGCAGAAUCCUAUUGCAACAUUCGCUGGUGGACAAUACAGUUUGAACUUCACAGACGUUUCAGGGACCAUUCACAUCGGCUCAGGUUGGACCAACACAAAGGUGAGUAGCAGUGUGCAUUCAAGUGACCCUGUUGCAGUUUACCAAGUCGACAAAAUUCUGCUGCCUGAGGCGAUCUUCGGAACCGAUAUCCCACCGACCCCGGCUCCAGCACCGGCCCCCGACGUCACUCCCCCUGCAGAUGCGCCUUCGGCUGAUCACGAGGGAAAGGUUGCUCCAUCUUCGGGACCAAAGCCAUCAUCUUCCCAUAAGAUCAUCAGUUGGGGGGUUUUGAUUCACAUUGUUUUGGCAAUAUCAGCUGGAUUUUUGUUUUGAUUGUGAUCAGAAAUCCCUGCCACCCAUUUGUUACAUUUAAGAAAACUAUAUUGGCAUUUUGUUCUGUUUUUGAUGUGAAGCUCCAUUUUUUUGUGAACAUAUAUGUUGUUGGAUUUGUGCAUGAGAAUUCCUACUCUUUGGUCUAUAAAUUAUGAUGGCGAAGGAAUUUUAUCUUAACA